AUGGAAUUAGGAGAAGCAGAUUUACAUACAUCACAAUCAAUAGUUUAGGAAGAAGUUCCUAUGCAACAAGAGGUUAAUAUUCAAGAAGAAUAAAAUUCUUAAUUUGACAAUGUUUAAUAACAAAAUCAGAAUGUAGAAGAAUAACAUUAAACAAAUAAAAAUAAUUUAACUUAAAAUGAUUUUAAUGAAUUUCAAUAAUAAAAUACAAAUGAGCAAGACUUACCAAGAAACGAUCAAACAUAGGUUUAACCUCAAUAAAACUUGUAGGAUGAAAAUAAUUAAGACUAAACUAUACAUUUUACAGAGUAGCACUUUCAACAACGAGAAAGGGAAUCUAGUGAAACUCAUGAUACAAGCAAUUAAGAAUUAGAAUAUUAAAUUAAUUAAAAUAUAAAUGAAAAUAAAUAAGUACAAAAAGAUAACUUAAAUGAAGAAAUUAUAUCUUAAAAUAAAGAAGCACUUGAUGGACAAGAAGAUUAUCAGAAUUUCAAUAAAAAAGAUUUACCUGAUAAUAAUAAUAGUAAUGAAUAACAUAACUAAGAUUAAGAAAAUAUGAAUUAAAUUGAAAGUUAAGAAGGUUAAAAUUAAUUAGUUUAGAUAGAAGUCAAUGGUUCAGUGAAUAGCCUAUAAGAAAAUAACUACAUCUAAGAUGGCACGUUUAUGGAGUAAGAACAUUUAAAUGAUAAAAUGCAAUAAUAAUAGGAAUAGGCUGUAAAAGAAGAAACUGAAGAAAGAGAAGAAAUGUAAGAGGAGAAUUAACUCCAUGAAAAUUAAGAAAAUAUUAGUAUCAGCUAAUAAAAUUAGUAAGCUCACAGUGAUAUGUAAAUCGAAGUGUAAGCAAAUUAAAUUAAUUAAUAAGAGAACCAGUUAGAAUCUUUAAAUGACAAGGAAGUUGUUAAAGAAGAAAAUAAUUUGCUUUUAAAUAUACUUUCUGAUGAAAAUAAUAAAAGAUUUCAAAGACUUCCACCAGAAUUGUCUCCCAAUAUUUUUUGUCAUUUUUUGGGAGGCAAAUCAUUACAAUUGACUAACAUCAAUGAUUCUAGCAGGCUUUUUAUGUAUUUCUUGGGAACUAAGAUAUUAAGAUAGCUGCUUAAUAAAGCAAAUGUAAAGCUAAGAGAAAUUUACAAGAAAUAAAAUGACGUUAAGGAAUAUACUAUUGAAGAAAUACAAGUCUAUUAAGCUUUGAAAAUUUUGAUGGGUUUACAAUAAAACUCAAGCAAUUUUGACUUUUUCCUUCUAAAAGAUCUUCAAAAAAUUCCUCCAUAUCACCAACUCUUUACAAACGAAAGAUUUUAAUUCCUUCUUGAUUGCGAAAGAGAGUUAAAUAAAGACAUUUUAAAUAAUGAAUAACUUAUUUAAGACUUUGUUUAGAGAGCUUAAAAUUCCUAGACUUCUGAUUAAGAAUUGGUUUUAAUAUCAAAAAAAGGAAAAGUUGGUGAAGAAAUUAUUCACAAUAAUUCUGUUUAUACAUAGAUAUUCUUAUGUGAGUUGAGUUCAGCCUUUGUUUUUGGCUACUUUGUUGUCAAAGAUAUGAGUUCUUUUGCAAAUUAAAUUUGUAUAAAUUUAGAGAGUUUUACUAAUCAAAACCAUCAUGUAUAUUUUUAGAACGAAGAAUUUUUUUCUAAUUAUGAAAAAAUUUAAGAACUUUUGAAUAGCAAAAUACACAUAAGUUCUUUUUUAAAUAACAAAUUUGACUAAUUUCCAUAAUCUCUUUAAAAUGAAAUGCUCCACAAUAAACCAUUAAAAGCAAAUAACAGUGAGACUAUAUUUGAUAGGCAGACUUAAACUUAGCUUCUUAUUAAAUCGGAUGAAAAUUUAAAGAAAGAAGUCUUUUUAACUACCAGUGGUACAGUUAAAUAAGAUAAAAUGGUUGAAAAGCAUAAGCAAGCAAUUUAAAAAAUAACUUAAAAGCUUAGAAUGCUACUAACAGAAUACAGGUUUGUAAGUAUCAAUAAUGAUACGACAUCUAUCUUUGAAGAGUUAUCCGAGAUAGCGAUUUAAAACUCUUAUAUAAUUUAUUCCCAAGCAAAAGAAAAAAUGGAUUACAGACUAUUUAGAUUUAAAUUAGCAUAAGAUUUACUCUAAAAAUAAAUACAAAAGAUAAAAUAAGAGGAAUUAUAAAAUGUUAAAUCUAAACUAAUUGAUGUUGAAGUUUAAACAGAUAAAGUUGUUGAAAGUGUAAUAAAUGUUGAAACUCACGCUCUUUCUAAAUCUCCAAAAUCAUCAGAUAAUAAUGAAUAGUUCAUAAUGAAUGAAGUUAAUUCACCUGUCUUUUAGGGAAAUGAUUAAAAUAUCAGACAAGGAGGUACUCAUGUCUAGAAAAAAGAUGGUAAGUAAGGUAUUUGCUUAGUUUGCUUACAAGAAAAAAAUAUUUAAAAUAAUACAUUCAUAACAUGCUAAGAAUGCUCUUUACAAAAUAAAAAGCCAGUUUAUUUAUGUGACAAGUGCUUUGAAGUAUAUCAUUUAGAGAUAAAUGUUAACAGAGACAACUUUGAUAAAAAAAAUUUCUCUAGGCUAAGCACCCUAAAAAAUUCAGUUACAACAGUUCCAAUAGAUAAAAUGGCACCUAAGCCAUUAUAAAAUGGAUAUGGAAGUAAUGGACUCAAUGGAGGUUACAAUACGGUUAAUCCUCCUAUUUAGUAACCUUUAAUGAACAAUGGGUACAAUGGAUAUUAACCAUAAUAAACUUAAGUGAGGAGAAGAAGAACAGCUAAUAUUUAAGAUGGGUAUGAAACUUCAGGCCCUGCCUUUAACUCAAUGGUACCACCUCAAAUGAAUGGAAAUAUGAUGGGAUAAUAAAUUCCUUUAAAAAGAAGAGGACCUGCUUUGGAUGACUCUGGAUUUAGAAGUGAUGCCCCUUCAAGCUAUAUUCCUGCUACAAGAGGCAGAAAGAAAUUAAAUCAUGGCUAAGACUAAUUACCACCUAGAAAUCAAUAUGGUUACUCUGAUUUAGGAUAGCCAAACAACAUGAAUGGAUAUGGAUAAGGGAUGGGAAAUAAUGCAACAAAUGGAUAUGAUAGAUACUCAAGAGGAGUUGACAUGAAUGGAUAUACUACUUCAGAUCCUGCAUAUGGCAGAAAUUAUCAAGGGGCAGAUAAUUACAAUAAUAAUUAAAUAUAUAGAGGUGUAGGUACUCAAAGAAAGUGA